GAGGAGGAGGAGGAGGAGAGGAAGGGGGAGGAGGGUGUUUGAGUGGAGAGCAUUCGCCGGUCACUUUGGAGUCAGCCGCCAAACGGCAAACUCUGGAAAGACGCACGCGCUCGUCUCUCCUCUCUCCUCUCUUCGGUGUGUCUCGCGGAUUUGCGCAGCAGUGUCCGUGUGAGUGAGUGUGCGUGCGUGUGUGUGUGCGCGUGUAUAUGUGUGUUUUCCCGUGGAGCUCAGAGAGAGAGAGAGACAGAGAGUGAGGGAGAGACAGAGAGUGAGAGAGAGAAAGAGAGAGAGAGAGACACGUCGGAGUUUCCGGACGCGGCCAUUUCUCUAAACCCUACACGGAUCUGCGAUGGCACUCAUCAGCAGCAAGAGUGUGGCUUAAAAAAAAAUAAAUAGAAAAGUUGCUGCGGGAACGCCGAGUGGACGCCUUGCACUCACGCGGAAUUUAAAACGCCUGGGAUGUGAAAUUUUGAAAUCCGUGACAUUUGUGGAAUUGCUUUGCUUUUGCUUUUGCGAAAUCAUCACCCAAAUCCAGAUCUCGACCAAGAAGAAAAGUGUCACGCGGAGUUUGCGGUGCGUCUGUGCCUCUCUCUGUGUGUAUCUGUAUCUAUCCGCAGCGUGCACGCGACUGCGGCGGCGGCGGAGGUGCUGGUGGUGGUGAAGUCCAAACCCGCAGCACAGGUCCAUAAUGUCCUCAGACUCAAGACAAGGCUAAACAUCAUUCUGCUGCAAAUAGUUGACUUGAGACCUUCUUCUGCACCAUACUGUCAGGACAAUGGCUUCCCACCACAGAAAAUUGAACUGUUUAUUGGUUUCUUGCUGCUUCUUUGUUUCUUUGCUUCCCCUCUCCACCUCAAGGCCACAGCAGCCUUCCAUUGCAUCCAAAGUGGACAAGGACUACAGAACGUUCCAUGCUGAGAACCCAGAAUGGACCUUUAACCACUUGGCAGUGGAUUACAGAUAUGGGAACGUGUACCUUGGUGUAGUGAACCGCAUCUAUAAGCUCUCACAAGAGCUGGACGUAAUGGUGUCGCACCAAACUGGCCCGGAGGAGGACAACCGCAAUUGCUACCCACCACGAAUUGUGCAGCCCUGCAGCGAGCCACUGACCCUCACCAACAAUGUCAAUAAAAUGCUACUAAUUGACUAUAGAGCAAAUCGGCUGCUAGCUUGCGGGAGCCUCUACCAGGGUAUCUGCAAGCUGCUUCGCCUGGAUGAUCUCUUCAAACUUGGAGAGCCCUUUCACAAGAAGGAGCAUUACCUCUCAGGUGUCAAUGAGAGCGACUCCGUUUUUGGCGUCAUUGUGUCUUAUGGUAACACCUCACCUGACAAGCUGUUUGUGGCCACAGCAGUGGACGGGAGGCCUGAGUACUUCCCGACCAUCUCGAGUCGCAAACUGGCUCGCAAUUCAGAGGAGGAUGGCAUGUUUGCCUACGUCUUCCAUGAUGAGUUUGUGGCCUCCAUGAUCAAGAUCCCAUCAGACACCUUUACUGUGGUGCCCGAUUUUGACAUCUAUUACGUCUACGGUUUUGCCAGCGGCAACUUCGUCUACUUCCUGACACUUCAGCCGGAGAUGGGUGGCGGUCCGGCUGCGGGUUCGUCCUCGGCCAACCGGGAACAGGUGUUCACUUCCAAACUGGUGCGACUUUGCAAGGAUGACACUGCAUUCAACUCGUACGUAGAGGUUCCCCUCGGUUGUGUCAAGGGUGGUGUGGAGUAUCGCCUUCUCCAGGCUGCCUACUUGUCUAAGGCAGGUGCCAUCCUGGCUCGCUCGCUGGGUGUGGGACCGGACGAUGAUAUCCUUUACGCCGUGUUCUCCAAAGGCCAGAAGAGGCGACCAAAGGAAUCGUCUCAAGAGUCAGCCUUGUGUGUGUUUGCCCUGAAGGAGAUCAAUGAGAGAAUUAAGGACAGGCUACAGUCCUGUUACAAAGGAGAGGGCACGCUGGAUCUGGCCUGGCUCAAAGUGAAGGAUAUUCCCUGCAGCAGUGCGCUUCUUACCAUCGACGACAAUUUCUGCGGGUUGGAUAUGAACGCGCCGCUCGGGGUGUCCGAGAUGGUCCGCGGGAUUCCGCUGUUUUCCGAAUCCAAUGACAAGAUGACCUCGGUGAUUGCCUACGUCUACAAAAACCACUCGCUGGCCUAUGUAGGCACCAAGAGCGGCCGUCUGAAAAAGAUCCGAGUGGACGGUCCAUCCCACGGCGCUUUUCAGUAUGAAACAGUGCAGGUGGUGGAAAACGGGCCGAUCCUGCGCGACAUGGCCUUCUCGGCUGAUCAGCACUUCCUGUACGUGAUGUCAGAGACCCAGCUCACUCGUGUUCCAGUAGAAGCUUGUGAGCAGUAUUCAUCCUGCAACGAGUGUCUGGGCUCCGGGGAUCCUCACUGCGGCUGGUGUGUGCUGCACAGCAUGUGCACCAGAAAAGAGAAGUGUGAGAGGUCGUCUGAGCCACGCCGCUUCACCUCCGACAUCAAGCAGUGCGUCAGGCUGAGCGUCCACCCGAGUAACAUCUCAGUGUCCCAGUACAGUGUCAUGCUCGUCCUGGAGGCCCAUAACGUUCCCGAGCUCUCCGCUGGCGUGAACUGCACCUUUGAAGACCUGGCUGAGAUGGAUGGAUAUGUGGAAGGCAAUCGCAUCACUUGCAGCUCCCCUGCUGAGAAGGAGGUCCCACGCAUCGUUGUAGACCAAGGUGACCAUCAGAUUGUGCAACUCUACCUUAAGUCGAAAGAAACAGGACUAGCGUUUGCCAACACAAGCUUUGUCUUCUACAAUUGCAGUGUCCAUAAAUCGUGUCUUUCUUGUGUUGGAAGCCCAUACCAAUGUCACUGGUGCAAGUACCGUCACAUCUGCACCCAUGACCCACGCAGCUGCUCUUUCCAAGAAGGACGGGUCAAGCAGCCUGAGGAAUGUCCCCAGCUGCUUCCCGCUGAUCGGAUCCUGGUGCCAGUGAAUGUGGUGAAGCCCAUCACGCUACGUGCCAAGAACUUGCCUCAGCCACAGUCGGGCCAGCGGGGAUACGAGUGUGUGCUCACCAUCCAGGGGGUGGAGCAACGAGUCCCCGCCCUCCGCUUCAACAGCUCCAGUGUGCAGUGCCAGAACACCUCGUACGCGUAUGAGGGGAUGGAGAUGAGCAGCCUCGCCGUAGAGCUGACCGUCAUCUGGAAUGGAGAUUUUAGCAUCGAUAACCCGGCCCAAAACAAAGUACACCUGUAUAAAUGUGAUGCCAGGCGUGAGAGCUGUGGUCUGUGCCUGAAGGCUGAUCCGCUGUUUGGAUGUGUGUGGUGUAAAGGGGAAAAGCGCUGCACUCUCAAACAGCACUGCCCUCAUCCACAGAGCAUGUGGCUCGAGCACAACGGCAUCAACAGCAAGUGCACACACCCGAAGAUCACCAAGAUUACCCCACUGCGAGGGCCUCGGGAAGGGGGUACGCUGGUGACCAUCCGCGGAGAGAACCUUGGCCUGGAUUUCCACGAGAUCCAGGGCAACGUCAAGGUGGCCGAUGUGGAGUGCACACCCGUACCAGAGGGAUACAUCCCUGCUGAGCAGAUAGUGUGCGAGAUGGGAAAAGCCGAGUCGAGUCAGUAUGCUGGAAACGUCCAAGUCUGCGUUGGGGAGUGUCAGCCCGAGUUCAUGGCCAAGACCUCCAAAUACUACUACUUUGUGGUCCCCAGACUGCAGUCUCUGAAACCCAGCCGCGGCCCCGUAUCCGGAGGCACCAUCGUCAACAUCACGGGAAGCAACCUGGACUCCGGAAGCAACGUGUCCAUCAUGUUCAAGGACCAGAAGUGCACUUACCACAGACGAGGGGGUCAGUGGAUCACGUGUCACUCUCACGCGUCGACUCAAGGCACCGGGGAAGUAACCGUAUCCGUGUACGUAGACAAGGCCCACAUCCACAAGGACCUCCUGUUUGAGUAUGUAGAAGAUCCGACUAUCACCAAGCUGGAACCUGAAUGGAGCAUUUUCAGUGGAAACACACCAGUGACAGUGACCGGAACCAACCUGGACAUCAUCCAGAGCCCACAAAUCAGAGCCAAGUACAACAACCAGGAGACGACCAACAUUUGCCAAGUGCUCAGUUCCACCACGAUGCUGUGCCAAGCCCCAGCGCUGCCCGGUGGCCUGAGCAGGCAGAAGGAGGUGGUGGAGAAACCCGACGAGUUCGGCUUCAUCCUCGACAGCGUGCAGGCCGUGCUGGCUUUGAAGAACAUCAACUUCCUGUAUUACCCCAACCCCGUGUUCGAGCCUCUCAGUCCAUCUGGAGUGCAGGAGCUCAAGCCUGGAUCCCCCAUUAUUCUGAAGGGCCGGAACUUCCUUCCCCUUACCCCCGGUGGCAACGGCAAACUGAACUACACCGUUCUGAUCGGAGAAAAGCCCUGCGCGUUAACCGUAUCCGACACCCAGCUGCUGUGCGAAUCGCCCAAUCUAACUGGACGCCACAAAGUUCUGGCGCGUGUGGGUGGCAUCGAGUUUUCCCCUGGUGUGGUCCACAUCACCUCUGACAGCCCCCUCAGCAGCACCGCCAUCAUCAGCAUCGCCGGAGCAGGAUGCCUUCUCAUCCUCUUCAUCAUCAUCGUGCUCAUCGCCUACAAGCGCAAGUCCCGUGAAAGCGACCUGACCCUGAAACGCCUGCAGAUGCAGAUGGACAACCUGGAAUCCAGAGUGGCGCUGGAGUGUAAAGAAGCCUUUGCAGAGCUGCAGACGGAUAUUAAUGAGUUGACCAGUGACCUGGAUGGAGCAGGCAUCCCGUUUCUGGACUACAGAACCUACACCAUGCGUGUUCUCUUCCCUGGCAUUGAGGAUCAUCCUGUUCUGAAAGACCUGGAGGUCCCGGGCUACAGACAGGAGCAGGUGGAAAAGGGUCUGAAGCUUUUUGGUCAGCUGAUCAACAACAAGGUGUUCCUGCUGAGCUUCAUCCGUACGUUGGAGUCUCAGCGAGGUUUCUCCAUGAGAGACCGCGGUAACGUGGCCUCACUCAUCAUGACGGUGCUGCAGAGCAAGCUGGAGUAUGCCACCGACGUCCUCAAACACCUCCUGUCCGACCUCAUCGACAAGAACCUGGAGAGCAAGAACCACCCCAAACUGCUGCUGCGCAGGACGGAGUCUGUUGCGGAGAAAAUGCUGACGAACUGGUUCACGUUUCUUCUCUACAAAUUCCUAAAGGAGUGUGCAGGCGAGCCCCUGUUUUCCCUCUUCUGUGCCAUCAAGCAGCAGAUGGAGAAAGGCCCUAUCGACUCCAUCACAGGGGAGGCACGCUACUCUCUCAGUGAGGACAAGCUCAUCAGGCAGCAGAUCGACUACAAGACACUGGUGGUGAACUGUAUUCACCCGGACAACGAGAAGAGCCCAGAGAUUCAGGUGAAAGUACUGAACUGUGACACAAUCAACCAAGUGAAGGAGAAGAUCCUGGAUGCCAUCUACAAGAACGUUCCUUAUUCCCAUCGCCAGAAAGCCUCAGACAUGGACCUAGAGUGGCGUCAGGGCAGAGGGGUCCGGAUCAUCCUGCAGGACGAGGACAUGACCACCAAGAUCGAGAGUGACUGGAAGAGGCUCAACAUGCUGUCUCAUUACCAGGUGUCUGAUAAUGCCCUGGUGGCCCUCGUACCAAAGCAGGUGACCGCCUACAACUCUGUCAACAACUCCACCGUCUCCAGGACAUCCGCUAGCAAAUACGAAAACAUGAUCAAAUACACAGGCAGCCCAGACAGCCUGCGCUCUCGUACACCUAUGAUCACACCUGACCUGGAGAGCGGAGUGAAAGUUUGGCACCUGGUGAAGAACCACGAGCACGGAGACCAGAAGGAGGGUGACCGUGGCAGCAAGAUGGUCUCUGAGAUUUACCUGACCAGACUGCUGGCUACUAAGGGCACGCUGCAGAAGUUUGUAGACGAUCUGUUUGAGACGAUCUUCAGCACGGCACACAGAGGAAGUGCCCUCCCCCUCGCCAUAAAGUACAUGUUCGACUUCCUGGAUGAACAAGCCGACAAGCACGGCAUCCACGACCCUCACGUCCGGCACACGUGGAAGAGCAACUGCCUACCUCUGAGGUUUUGGGUGAACGUGAUUAAAAAUCCCCAGUUUGUGUUCGACAUCCAUAAGAGCAGCAUCACGGACGCCUGCUUGUCUGUCGUGGCUCAGACCUUCAUGGACUCCUGCUCCACAUCCGAGCACCGCCUGGGUAAAGACUCGCCCUCCAACAAGCUGCUGUACGCCAAGGACAUCCCCAGCUACAAGAGCUGGGUGGAGAGAUACUACUCAGACAUCAAUAAGAUGCCCGCCAUCAGCGACCAGGAUAUGAACGCUUACCUGGCCGAGCAGUCCCGUAUGCACAUGAACGAGUUCAACACCAUGAGCUCCCUCAGCGAGAUCUACUCCUACGUGGGAAAGUAUGCAGAGGAGAUUGUGUGCGCGCUGGAGGAGGACGACAGCGCCAGGAAACAGAGACUGGCCUUCAAGCUGGAACAGGUGGUCGCCUUCAUGAGCCUGGAGAGCUGAGGACCACGUUUCCCAGAGCGCACUGGGACCGCCGUCAGAAAACCAGAGGGGAAAAAAAAAAAAAACCGAGCCGUGCCUGAGCACCUGUACAUCUUCUGUUUUCUCGCAAACUUCCUUCCUAUCUACCAAGCAAACAAGAAUCCGCAUCAUAUUCAAGCUCUGCUUCCUAGAUGACUAGAAACGGGCCGAGGAGGAGGAGACCUUCGUGUUACGUUACCCAACAUGCAACAGGGAGGAAGGGAGGGAAGGAGGAAGGGAGGGUCCGGGUAUUAUUCUUUUUUUUUUUUUUCUUUUUUUUGGGAGGGGUGUCUGGAUGUGCUGCCUGCGAAACCCUCUCUCCUUCCCCAGGGGAGAAAAAAAAUAACUAAAAAUAAUGUUACGUUUAUGUUGCCUUUAAAAAUGAAUAGCUGUUAAGCGAAGUGUCUCACAUCCACGACGUCGCUGUUCUCAUUUUAUCCACUAAGGUUGUGUGUGAGUCUAACUCUGUAGUACCAAAAAAGAAAACAGUGAAAGAACACACUUUUGGUACCAGAAAUAAACUUGAAGUCCAUUGAGUUUACAAAAUGAUUAAAAAAAUAAAUAAAUAAAAGACACACUGGUGAAUACGGAGCUCGUGGCACGUCUGGGACACACGUGAGAAACUGGACCUUUGCUAAGGAAAGGAGCGCGAGGAGAUAAAAAGACACUGAUGAAUCGCCUCUGAUGAAAGCACACACACACACACACUCACACACACACACACCUUAGUCCAGCUGUAAGGGGCUUCCUCUGGGCUUUUUGUGGCUGAGGUUCUAAGGAUCAUCGUCCUCUUGGAAACAAGCACACGUUCUGUAGCUGCCUCAGAUUCAUAACCUCUGCUAGAAUUUAGUCGCUGAUACGGGGAUCGUCACGUCGCGGGGAAAGGAAUCGAGGUCGUUCACUGCCACAGAGUUUGCAGUCACACAAAUCACACACAAGAGGAUGAAGAAAAAAAAUAUAAAUAACCAAAGGAGAUGAUGAUGAUGAUGAAGUGACGAUUUUUUGUUUUUAAGGUGGCAGAAACCCGGACACUCAACCAAAGGUCUGUCUGCUAUCUGAUCUGAGCGGAAAAAGAAUAAAAAAUUUAAAAAAAAAAAAAAAGAAAACCCUUGCCGAUAAGACUUUCUUUGUACACGUCAGGAACAAAGCGCGUGUAAAGCGGACUCUUCUUCUUUUCGGCGGGGGGGAACAAAAAAUUUAAAAAAAACAAGCCCCCGUGAGAGAAACGAUGGACACGAAAAAAAGUAAAUAAAGUGAUACCGAUACAGACACCACACCUCUGAAGCACCGUUCUGUCCUUCAGCCUCUGACCUUUCUUUUGCCUUGACAGCGUGCUCCAUGUGGUGAUUUGAAACCAAUGUGUGGAGAUCCACCUUUGGGUACUUUAAUCGGCUUUUUUUUAAGCGCAUGUACUUGGAUUUAAAACUUGAUUAAAAAUGAACAAAAGGAAAAAAAAAAAAAAGAAAAAAAAAAAGACGACGACGACGACAACAACGGAACCUUAGAGAAAAAUUAAGCCUUGCUAAAAACGAUGAUGUGGAUGUCUUCUUUUCUUUCUUUUGCUUGGAAGAACAAGACAGGGAGAUGAAAAUAAAACAAAAACAAAAAAAAAAAUAAAAAUAACAAUCCGUCCAUCUAAAGCCGCAAACUUCUGUUAAGGUGGAACCUUUAUCCGACUCAGCCGGUCAUCCUCAUGUUUUUUGGUGAAAAGUGUUAAAUAAACAGUUAUAAUACUGAUAAUAAGAUCGAUAGCGUAAUCGAGUAUAGUAUAUUAUACCCUCUGCAUGUUGACCUAUUUGGAUGUUAUGAAAUGAAACUGCCUUGCAAAUCCAAGCUAUUUAUCUGAUACUACUAGGAAUUUCUGAAGUUUAAAAAAGGACAAAAAAAGGAAAAAAAAAAAAAAAAACUUUGUUUAGAUGAUCAACGGUUAGACGUCACGAAUUCAUCCGUCAUGAAGAAACGUCGCAGUCCCUCAGGUAGAUUGUUUAGCCGUUAGCCGUUAUCGUUCGUGUUCACGUUGAACAGCUGCACAAUAAACUGAUACUGUUACUGCUGCACCAUGAAAAACAUGCAAACUUUACGUUGGGUUUUUUUUUUUUAAAUAUAUAUAUAUAUACACCGUUCCAAGUCUGUCUCCUGACCAGGACUGUUUACUGAGAUAUGUUGGGGUUUUGUUUGUUUGUUUGUUUUUUUGUAGCUAGUUUUAUCAUUGUGGUGCUUCAAACUGAGAGUAAACAUAUUACGUAGUUCAAUUCGUGGGGAAACAAAAAAAGCAUCAAAACACAUCGUUACGGCAAGACAAAAAUAACACAAGGCAUAUGUUCUGUGACGAGGUUCUGCCGCAGAACCCGGAGGCGUGGUGUAGGUUCCACGCAGAACUUUUCGUCCAAGCGGAAAAAAUUCUUAAGGCUGAUUUCACACUCGAUGUUUUUAUUUUGUUUUAUUUUUUUAUUUUUUCCUCCAUAAUUGCUGAUGUGAUGCAGACAUUUUUGUUUUAUAAAUAAAUAAAUGAAAAAGCACUGCCGCUUAGGUUUUAUGGGUCGCACUGAAACUUCCAGGGCAGAAAGAAGUCCGACGUUUAAGAUCCACAAGAGACGUAGAGGACAAAAUGCUGAGAAAAGUGAGACGACGUGUAGAUUUGCCGGUUUUCCCGAUGAAAAAUAAAAUCUUUAGGAUGAGAGUUUAGAAGGUUUAGGACGUUGCUUUUCCAGGUCGACACCGUUUCCGAUGCUAAUCACACAGCAGACCCACACAGCAGGCUAAGAGAAGUACCUAGCUGAUGCUAGCUAGAACAUGAGGGAGGAGCCGUCGCUAUGGUUACGAUGUUCAUGUCAGCCAAAGAAAACAGUGUGAAAACAGCCUAAAGAUGCGACCUGUCAUUACAAAAAAAACAAAAAAAAAACCAACACGAAUAUAGUCUAUUUUACCGCAUAUUUUUCAUGACGAGAUUCUAAAAAUAAAUGAAAUCUUAUUAAGCCUCGAACAUUCUCACUCGUUUCAAGCUUGUAAAUGAAUAUAUGAUGUUUGUAUUGUAGAUAAUUCUGCUUUUAGAAAUAAACAGAAGACGUUAUCUGACAAUGAAACAAAUCUGAGACGAGUCUGAGACGAGAAUCUGAGACGAGACGAGACGUCCAAACGUUACGGCUUAAUGAUCGUAUUGGUUUUAGUUUUGAUUUUAAACCCAUGAUGAAGUUUUUUCUUUCGGUAGCUUUUGAUAAAAUUCAGGAUAUUUUUUACGUGGGAAGGUUUUCCCGUUCACAUUAGCGCGCUAAUCCAGUUUCGUUUUCAGGUUCUUGUUUUCUCCAGGGUGUAGUGAGAGUUCCAAUAAAGCACCAGAUGAAUGUAAAUAAUCGAGGUCCUGAUUGCCUUUUGCCUAGAAAUGUAGUGCGUUUUCGUUUGCCUCGUAAUUCGUUCGCCUCGUAAUUCGUUUCCUGUUUUCAUGUCCGUGACUGGGUUGAGCUCCGCUCUUUAAAACGCUCACGUGUUUUGAAGCGUCGCCGAAACGCGCAGGGGUAUCAGGAGGCGGAGCUCCCAACGCACGAGUCCUUUACUUCUGUAAAAAUAUCCCACAGAAAGCGGUCCUAAUUACCAAAAAGUUGAAACUGACGCCUGGGAAACUGCCAGAAGGCGUGUUGAUCGAGAUCGUCCAAGACGGUGGAUCGUCCAUCUUGAAGUCUUGAAGCGAGGACAGGAUUCCGCUUAAACCGUCAGACUACCACUUUCAGUAUUUACUUUAAAAAAGUGACUCGUUUUUUUGUAAAGGAAGCGACUGCCUCCGUGAUACGCCUGGCCGUGUUCUGUUUUCUAUCCAUCUUUCACGUACUGCCACGUGUGGUUGGGUGAAGCCCAGCCGUCCGUCUGUCUGUCCGUCCGUCCGUCUGUCUGUCUGUCUGUAACGGACCUGAUAAAGCUUCCACCUUUAACAUUUUGUAAGACUUAAAAAUGUCCUUCUAGCUCAGUGUUAUAGCAGGUGUUUCAGACCCCCCCCCCCCCCCCCCCGUUAGAAAAGACUUUUACUAUUUCCAUAUCGGACUGAGAGAUAACAGAAUUAUCCUAACAGGAGAAAGAGAAAGAGAAGGGGAGGAAGGAGAGGAAGAGGAGGAGGAGGAGGAGGAGGAGGAGAAGUGAGACAGGCGGAAAGGCGAGCUUCUCUAACUUUGUUAUAAUUAAUUGUAUACCUGUGUAUGUAAAUAUAAUGCAUUCCUAUUUUGCAGUCAAGGACAAAAUACUAUUUGUAAAAUAGAAUAAACUUUAUUAUGAAAAAUGC